AAGCAAGGGAGGCGAGAAGAAAGCAACAAAAGAGAAAGCCAAGCUCUGCACUUGCAAGCUGCACUGCACCACCCAACCCCCAAGCUUCAACCCUACCUAAGCUAAGCUAGCCAAGCUAGGACCCCAAGACUCCCAAGAAGAGGAGAAGAAGAGUGUGUGUGUGUGAGGAUUGAGGAAGAAGAAGAAGAAGAAGAAGAAGAAGAAGAAGAGGAAGAAGAGGAAGAGAAGCGAGCGAGAGAGAUUAAGAUUCCGGCCAAAAUCCGAGCUCAGCUGGUUUGGUUUGGCUUGGCUUGGCGGCUGGUUCUGCUGAGGCUGACGUGGCGGCGGGUGGGGCCCAUCUCAUGGCUGCUGCCUCUGUGGCGGCGAGGAGCGGCGGCGGCGGGGUUAGGAUUCCGGCGAGGAGGGGCGGCGGGCUCCGCGCGAAGCAGGCCGGGCGCGCCAGCUUCCGCGGCGCCUAAGAGAGGAGGAGGAGAAAGAGAAAGCAGGGUUCUUUGCUGCUUUUGGUCUUCCCUUUCUUUUCUUCUUCUUCUUCUUCUUUAUUUACUCCUCCUGGGAGGAAGGGAGGGAGCUUAGCUAGGGUUUCCGAGGAGGAGGAUGGCCGUCGGUGAUGCGCUGCGGCGGCUGUGCGAGGAGGCCCGGUGGUCGUACGCCGUCUUCUGGAAGGCCAUCGGCGCCGCCGACCCCGUGCAUUUGGUGUGGGAGGAUGGCUUCUGCGGCCACGCAUCGUGCUCUGCUGGAUCUGAGGCUUCUGAGGCUGGGUGCGAGUCCGGCGGCGCCGUCUGCACGCUUGUUAGGAAGAUCAUGGCCUCGCAGGUUCAUGUUGUUGGAGAAGGUACCAUUGGCCGUGCUGCAUUCACUGGGAAUCAUCAAUGGAUUGUCCAUGAAACUGCCAAUGAUCACGGGCUCAGAUCCGAGGUUGCUGCUGAGAUGAACAAUCAGUUCAGAGCUGGCAUUAAGACCAUUGCAAUUAUACCUGUGUUACCACGUGGUGUGCUGCAGCUAGGCUCUACUAGUGUGAUUCUGGAAAACAUAAGCUCUGUGCAACAAUAUAAGAAGCUGUGCUGUCAGCUAAACAACCGGUCGAGUAUGGUCGCAUCUGCUUCAGCCAAAAAUGAUUUGAGCCAGAAAGUUCAGUCACGAUCUUUACAUGGUCUCCCAAGUAUACACCCUUAUGAACAGUGCUAUGGUCAUGAUGCCCGAGCCUUGUCAAGUAGCACAUCAGCAAACACGGGCAGGAACACUUCCUUACUUAAGGUUGCACAGAGAAAUGAUCAAGCCAUUAGAGAGCAAGUCUUAUAUGCUCCUGAUAUGAGGUUCAGACAGCAGCUCCCUUAUAGUGACAGGAGAGUUGAUAUUAACACACACAGUAGUGCUAUGAGCUCAGGUUUUAUCUCGUCUAUCUCAGCAUCAGUGGAAAAGUAUCCAUUGUUGACGAACAACAUUGGACAAGUAGAACACGGGAACAUGGAAGAGUCAUCAGGGCCCAGAAAUGUUCUGUUAAAAUCCCUUUCAUGCCGGAACCCUGUUGUCCAUGAAAAUACUAACACGAGUCUAUUUCAUGGAGGGGAUGAGGUGCCGGCUUUUCUGAAUAGUCAUGGGAGUUUUGAUUUUCUCCAAGCAGGUCCUAGAGUAGUUGAGGCUAACUUGUAUAACAAUGGUACGUCUAGUCAAGUUUUAGACCAAAGAUGCAGUUCCACUUCUGGGAUGGCAGGGUAUAAACCAUCUGUUUCAUAUAAAUUCCCCCACUCUGCUCAAUUCAUUGUGAAAAUGGAGAAUCCCAGAAGACAAUCAUUUCAAGACCCCGCAGCUCCAUCCUCUGGUUCUGAUGUCCAAGUUUCGAGUGGUUUGAAAACAACCACUCGUCAGUUUAACCCAGAGCAUAUGUGCCAAAACAAGAAGACAAAUGAAGUCAAUGACUCCAGUGCUGCUGUAAGCACGCAGGAUGUGAAAAAUAUGGACCGACACAAGAUCCUAGACAUUUCUAAUGAGAGAACCUCCUCAUUUGUUAUGGAUCCUAGUACAGAAAAUGAUUUGUUUGAUAUAUUUGGUACUGAUUUUCAUCAAUUGCACCGCAGUUUGGAUGGUGACCUCUCCUGGAACACUGCAAAGCCUCAGAGUUCAGACAGAGAUGCACCUGAAUCCUCAAUUUAUCUUGACAGUUCACCAGCCUUCGGUGCACAGGAGGAUGAAUUUUCUUAUUCUGGGAUUUUUUCGCUCACUGAUACUGACCAACUAUUGGAUGCGGUUAUCUCGAAUGUUAAUCCUGGUGGCAAGCAGAUCUCUGGUGACAGUGCCUCGUGCAAGACUUCGUUGACAGACAUUCCUAGCACUUCUUACUGUGGCUCAAAAGAAACGAAGCAAUGCAAGUCAUCUGGUGCUCCACCUUUGCUAAUCAAGAAUGAGUUGGCAGUUUCAAAUUUUGUCAAACAACCAUGUUUCCUAGAAAAGGCUGAAGAUGGUUGUCUUUCCCAAAACAAUGGAGUGCAGAAAUCUCAGAUACGCCUCUGGAUUGAGAGUGGACAGAACAUGAAAUGUGAAAGCGUGUCUGCCUCAAACAGCAAAGGUCUGGAUACAGCAAACAAGGCAAAUCGGAAGAGAUCUAGACCAGGAGAGAGUCCUAAGCCACGGCCAAAGGACCGCCAGCUUAUUCAAGAUCGUAUAAAGGAGCUGCGGGAACUAGUACCUAAUGGGGCAAAGUGUAGCAUUGAUGCAUUAUUGGAAAAGACCAUUAAGCACAUGGUUUUCUUGCAAAGUGUGACGAAGCAUGCAGACAACCUCAAGGAUUCUAACGAAUCAAAGAUACAUGGUGGUGGUGAGAAUGGCCCGCUUCUGAAAGAUUACUUUGAAGGUGGUGCUACUUGGGCUUUUGAUGUUGGCAGUCAAUCUAUGACAUGCCCAAUCAUUGUUGAAGAUCUUGAUCGGCCUCGUCAGAUGCUUGUGGAGAUGCUCUGUGAGGAUAGAGGGAUCUUCUUGGAGAUAGCUGACUUCAUCAAAGGACUUGGAUUAACUAUCUUGAGGGGUGUGAUGGAAGCACGCAAAAAUAAAAUCUGGGCUCGCUUCACCGUUGAGGCCAACAGGGAUGUGACUAGAAUGGAAAUCUUCCUCUCGCUUAUGCGCUUGUUGGAACCGAGCUGUGAUGGCGGCGGAGGAGGCGUGGGAGAUAAUCCUAACAAUGUAAAAAUACCUCCUGGGAUUGUGCAACAUCCGGUUAUACCAGCAACAGGCCAUCUUAGGUGAGAAAACGAGUAGGGGAAACAUUAUCAGAGGCAUCUGAAUCUCUGAACUUCUGAAGUGCUAAGAGUGGGAGCUUCAGUUCACUCUCCUGCCAUGACUAGCAUUGUCAGUGUGCACUAAGAGCUGGAUCCUUGUCGAAAAUACAGUGCUCUUCCUGUUCAGUAGGCAACACACCCGUAGAAAGAAAAGCCUGACGGUAGAUGAUGAUGCAUCGAGACAUGGACAAUCAGUCAGAAUGAUCCUUGGGCCAUGUUUUGCUUGUAUAAUCUUGUUUCAGUUUGCUACUGAUGUGUUUGUUGGCGUUAUUAGUGAAUUUUGUCUUGUUGAUGAUCUACUGAAUGCAAAUCCUGAGUCCAUUUUGUUUA